GGCCCACAGAGAGGGGAGAAGUUCCGAAUGUCACGUGACCCAAUAUGCCCUCCGGCGCCCUUUUGUCACCGGCGUCCGUCUAUUUGCUCUAUUUCAAACUUCCGGUACAAGUGCGCGGCGCGGUCCCGUGGCUGAGCCGAGCCGCUCGUUCAAGCGGCGCCAGCGGAGGAAGAAGCAGCAGGAGCGGCGCCGGCAGGCGGACGGCAGCGCGCCGGCCGGCUCCUCAGACGAGCACGAGCCGCGCACCGCCGCCGGAGGAGAGCCGGGUGAGGGCAGUGCGCCGGCCUCCCGCAGAUCCGGACAGGGAGGACACCCUCGGACCGACGGCGGCCAGUCCGGACCGGAACACGCCGCGCGUGAGGCCGACAGACCCGCACCGGUAGCCAGCAGCGGCGAGACAGAGGGACGAACCAAGUCGGCCAAACGGAGGAAACGCAGGUCCACUGGUCCGUCCAGUGCAGCUGCCAACGACCAGCAGGCUGAACCGGCGGCCACCACCCCUAGUGAACGAACCGAACCGGUACCCUCUACCCCCACUGAACGAACCGAACCGGCACCGUCUACUUCCUCUAAACGGACCGAACCAGUGCACUCUGCCUCCACUGAGCAGACCGAACCGGAUCCCUCCGCUUCGGACCAACGGACCAAGUCGUCCCCCACUCAACAGACCGAGCCGGUGCACUCUGCCCCCACUGAACGGACCGCACCCGCACCCUCCGUUCCGAGUCAUUGUAGCGCUCCGGCACCAGAGUCUGGCGCUGAGCCGUUGCCGGAGCGGCGCCGGGAGACCAGUCCGGUGGUGAGCUCCUCAAGGGAGGUGCUGCGCUCAGUGCGCGCGCUGCAGACGGUGCUGGGGGAGCUGCGCACCCGACUGCUGGUCGAGCCGCCUCCCGCCGCGCCCUCCGAGGCCCAGAGCGCGGCCCGGAGCACCGCACCCCCUCCACAGGUGACCAUGGCUCCUCCGGCAGACGCCGCCGAGGCGCCGCAGAAGACCAAGGAGCAGAUCAAGGCGGAGCGCAAGGCCAAGGCCGAGGCGGCCAAACUCGCCAAGGCGGCUAAAGCUCAGAAGAAGCAGGCGGCAGCGGCGGCUGGAGAUGGCGACGGUGGCGACGGGCCGCCCUCCAAAGCCGCCCAGUCCGGCGGCGGAGCGCCGGCAGAGACCACGGCAAAGUCCAAAAAGAAGGCGACGCCCAGCGGCGAGCCGGCAGCUGCGAAACCGUCUGAGAAGACGCCGACACCGGCCGGACAACCAGAGCCGGAGAAACCCGCCGGGGAGAAACCCGCCGGGGAGAAGUCCAAAGCCGAACUGAAGGCGGAGCGGCGCGCCAAACAGGAGGCGCAGCGGGCAGCCAAGGCUGCCGCCGCGGCCUCGGCCGCCGCGACUAAGACGCCCAAGGCGGGGGCGAAGGCUGCCAAAAUGCCAGGACCGGAGCGUGUUACGCCGGGGGACGCCGACCAGCCGCACAAAGAGUCGUCGAAGGGUGACCGUCGCAGCGCCAAAAAGGCCGCCGCGGAGAAGCCGCCAGCCAGGAAGGGCCUGCAGAUGUUCUCGCACCUUCUGCAGUUUGAUGCCAGCAGUGCAGACACCGCCACCGGCAAACAUGGUGUGCCGCCGGCGCUGGAGCCGCUGCUGCUGCGCCUCUCUGCCGGCCAGCUGACGGGCGGCAACGCCGGCGCCGUGGCGCUGCUAACCGCGCUCGCCGACCUCGUGGACCAGUACGUGACGCCGCCGCAGCGCGAGCUGCUGCGCGACCUGCCCGACCAGGUGGCGGCCGCGGUGGCGCAGCUGGCGCGCCGGCGGCCACUCUCUGUGGCCAUGGAGAACGUGGCCCACCGGCUGGAGCAGGCCAUCCGGCACGAGGACGUGCCCGCCGACAAGGGCGACUAUGAGGCGAAGCGGUAUAUUAUUGAUUGGAUCGAGACUUUCAUAAAUGACCACAUCUGCAAGGCGAUGACGGCCAUCUCCAUGUUCGCCGGCAAGAAGAUCACUGAUGGUGAUGUUAUCCUGACUUACGGCAGGUCCACAACGGUGCUGGACGUGCUGAGUGCGGCGCAGCGGAAGGGCUGCCGGUUCCGGGUGAUCGUGGUGGACUCUCGGCCGCGGCUGGACGGACGCGACAUGCUGCGACAGCUGCUCGACGCGAACGUACCGUGCUCGUACGGUCUGCUCACGGCCAUCGGACACCAUAUGAAGGAGGCCACCAAGGUGCUGCUGGGCGCCCAGGCUCUGCUCUCUAACGGCAUGGUGCUAUCGCGCGCGGGCACGGCGCUCGUCAGUCUGACCGGCCGCGCCCUGAACCGUCCCGUGCUCGUCUGCUGCGAGACGUACAAGUUCUCGGACCGCGUGCAGACAGACUCCCAGGUCUACAACGAACUAGGUGACCCGAACGAGCUGGUGACGCCCGACUCGCCGCUGGCCGACCUGCGCCAGUCGGAGUCGCUCAGCCUGCUGAACCUGGCCUACGACGUCACGCCGCCGGAGCUGGUGGACGUGGUGGUGACGGAGCUGGGAGCCAUCCCCUGCACAUCCGUACCGGCAGUGCUGCGGCUGCAGCAGAGCGUGGUGUACUGAAUACCGGCUGCAGACCGGGCCUGACAUACGGCGAUGGCGGCCCCUCAGACCCACCUCUGGGCACGGCGAUGGUGGCCAGCAGGCAGCCGCCGGCCAGCAGCAUGGUGCCGGCGAUGGGCAGUCGCCGGCCGAGCAGCAGGCACACGCCGAUGCCGAUCAGGUAGGCGGGCACCUCCACCAGACCACCCAGCACCGUGCUCAGGUAGAUGUCGUCGCCCACGUCCACAAACGAGAAGAUGAGCCCAUAGUAGACGAGCACGUUGGCCGUCCAGUUGAACCACAGGUUGAGCGUGCGGUAGCGGACGGCCGGCGAGCGGAGCAGCUCUAGGACGCUGACGUGCCGCCGUCCCUCGUGCUGAGUCGCGGCGGGCGGGGAACAGGCGGAACGGGGCCGGUCAGGGAACGCGCCGAACCGAGAGACGUAAUCGUGUCAUACGAUGGCGCAUCGACUAUCGCACCGCUUACCCCCUCAGUAUAAACAACAGCCGGUAUCAUAAUCGCAUACAUAAUCUUACGCGCUAUGACUAACCGUAUACCGUGUUGUACAUCGUGCACCGUAUUUCAGUGCAAUCAUGUCAGGUGUUGUGGUUGUAAGGUUAAAUCGAGGGGAUAUUGCGUAACAAAACAGUGACUGAUUGCGCGCCUACAUACUGUGAAUUCAUGUUUUGUGUAAUAAGGACAUACGAGAUUG